GACCACUUCUUGCUUCAGUGCCCCUUUAACGUAGAGGUGUAUAAAGAGGUGGGUGGGGCUCUGGGUGUUCCUUUCCUGCACCGCAUGUCUUAUGCGGAGUGGGUGUAUGGGGCAUUCAAAUGUCACCUGGAUUUUGAUUUAGACACUUUGUUCUUAGUCAGUUUAGUAGUCCGUUACUACACGUGGAAUGCACGGGGUCAGGUCUCCAUCCGGCAGAAAGUCCUCCCCGUCCAGGUGGUGGUGCGUGACAUCCUUGGUGAGGUUGGGAAAGUUCGGGGCCUUGAGAAAGGCAGAUGGCGGCGGAAGGCCUGGAUGGAGGCGUGGAGGAACAUCAGGCCUGUAGCUGCUGUCUGCUGA